GAUGAAACAACGAAUUUUUACAUCACUAGACAAUUGGCGUUCCAAAAAGCGACAACAACAAAACACGGCUUGCUUAUUUUGCUCGGCUAGCGAGCUUUAACACCAUUUAGCACGUGUCCGUGGACACCGAGCAGGCCAAAGAUGUCCAACGGGCGCUACGGGAGAUUCGGAGCCCUUAUCGGCGUCGCCUGCGUGAGCAGCACCCACUGCCGCUUUCUGAUAUACUCAACGAAAAAUGCAGAGGUCCUGGCCUACCAUGAGCUCAAGCUGCGACAGAUUGUCCACCAGGCGGGCUGGAUGGAGUACGAUCCGUCGGAGAUAUGGAAGAACACACAGGAGUGCAUAGAGACCGCCUAUAAGAACCUGGUUAUACUGGAGAUCAAUCCACGUGAUAUUAUUGCCAUUGGUAUCGUAAAUCAGCGGGGCACCUCGGUGUUAUGGAAUUUGGAGACGGGACAACCGCUGCACAAUGCCAUCGGCUGGUCAGAUUGCCGCAGCACUCCCAUCCUGAAGACCCUGCUCCAUAAUGUCCGGCACAAUGUGGACUACGUGAGGUAUCGCAGUGGCUUGCCCCUGAGCAGCUGUUUCAGUGCCCUAAAGAUCCGUUGGCUGAUGGAUCACGUUCCUGCCGUUGCCACUGCCAUUGAGGAGAACAAGUGCUUAUUCGGCACCUUGGACUCCUGGCUUCUAUGGAACCUCACCGGCGGCGUUGAGAUGGGGGUGCACUCUACUGACCUUACCAAUGCCCACUACACCUCCCUUAUGAACGUGUCCACAGAGCAAUGGGAUCCUAAACUCUGCCAGUUUUUUAGAGUGCCCCUGAACAUACUGCCACGGAUACGAUCCAACUCCGAAAUCUUCGGCUAUGUGCUGGAGGGUCCUUUGCAUGGCACCCCCAUAGCGGCCAUGAUGGGUGAGCAGCCCGCAAGUUUGUUGGGCCAACUCUGCGUGAAGGCCGGGCAAAAUGUGUGCACCCUGGACGAUAGCUGUUUCGUGCUCCUUAACACGGGCAGGGAGAAGCUAGACUCUGCAAACGGACUGAUAACGGGCAUAGCGCACAAGCUGGGCGAAAAAGAGGCCACUAACUACACACUCGAGGGAGCCAUUUCAAAUGCCGGUUCCACGGUUACAUGGCUGCGGGAUAAGCUACAGAUCAAUACUGAGAUUAAUUCCAAUGAUAAUGUGGUGGAGUCUUUAAAUACAUUUAUCGGCGAGAGCUCGAUGAUCUCGUCCUCUUGUUCCUCAUCCAUGCUGAAUGCCGAGUGUGGUCUGGCGGCCAAGAGGUCGGAAAUUACGUUUGUGCCGGCAUUUCAUGGCUUGUACGCUCCCUACUGGCGGCACGAUGCCAGGGGCAUAAUCUUGGGACUUACCAGCCAGACCACAUCGGAAAACAUUACCCAAGCAGCUUACGAGGCCACCGGGUUCCAGAUCUUUGAAGUGCUACAGGCGUUCAAGCGCGAUACACCCAACUGGGACCGAUCCUGCAUGCAGCCCGUGCUGACAUUCGGCGGUGAUUACGCCGAAAACUCGCAUUUGGUGCAGUUCAUAGCAGAUAUUAUUGGCUACAUGCUGGAGCGACCACAGACCACCUCACCUGCUGGCUUGGGCGUUAUGAUAACUGCGGGCGUGACGAUGAAAGUGGUGUCCCUGGAGCAUGCCGUAAAAAUGUACACUCCGCCCACUGAUGUCUUUUCGCCAACAACUACCAAAAAUCGACGAGAGCUGCUCUACAAGCGCUGGGAUUAUGCGGUAAAGAAAUGCCUGCACUGGAACAACUACGAGACGUACGAGGCUGAUAUUGAACUGUUUGCUCAGCGAGAACUUGAUCCCAAUUUACCUGUUAGGCGUUCCGUACCGGGCAGUAUAUUCCUGACCACGUCGUUUGCGAUGAUUCUCCUGGCUAACUACUUAAAGAUCAAUCCCCUGAAAUAGUGGCUGAUGUAGGCAAGAACGGCACCUCUAUCUAGUCAACCAAACACGUUCAAAUGUGUGCAUUAAAAUUUAUUGUUUAGUUUAGCAUAUAAUCUUAUAUAGUUGAUUUUAUAUGUAUAUAUAAUCCGAGUUGUAGAUCAAAAUGUUUGUGAUUCACGUAUAUACACUACUGCAGAUAUACAAGUCUUUUUUAAGCUAA